CUUUCCUCGCGGAUGAAUCUCGCAGUGAUGGAGCUCAGAGUGGCUUGUUUUCGCGCUCGCCGGAGAUAAAGUGAUUUUAAGGAGAAAUGCGGCGUGUUUGCUGUGCUGCUGAUCUCACACAGACCUGAGCUCACACCGAGGCGAAGAGCGGCGUUGGGAAGUUUAAUGUUUCUCAAGAGCGACGGACACCAUCUGAGGAAAUUUCACAAAGAAAUAGGAUGACCUACAAAUGGUUUCUGUUUCUCCCCGGUGGGCUCAUGCUCUUGAUCUAGGGUGGGGGGGGCAUCGCCCCAUUCUACAAUGAAAGGCUACACCCCCCAGCGCACCCGCCACGUGUCCGACUGUGAGCCGCCCCGUUCUCCCCGUUCUCCCCGUUCUCCCCGUCACCUGGACCCUCUGUACCCCCCGUCCACGUCCUCCACCCUCUCCCACACCCCGUUCCACCUCCCAGCAGCCAUGGACCAUUACGGAGCCCUGGACCCGCACCACUUCUCCCCAUCGCCCAACCCGGGCGGUCUUCCACCCGACUGCCUGAUGCCCCUCAACAACCAGCUGUCCUCCAGCAGCACCUUCCCCCGGAUCCACUACAACUCACACUUCGAUCAGGGCGACUUCGGUCACACAGCUGACAGCAUCGGGGGAAUCAGCAGCGGGACGCUGGGGACCUCCAUGUCCAUGGGAAUGGGUCUCGGAGUGGGACGGACUGCCAUGAUCACCAGCGGAUCCGCAACUAUAUCAGGGGCGGGGAAGAUGAACCGGUUGCCGCCUAACCUCCUGGACCAGUUCGAGAAGCAGGUGCCUGGGCAACAGGACGGCUUCAGCACGUUACAGUUCCAUCGCAGCACCGCGGUGACGACGACCAAACAGCAACAACAGCAGCGGACCGACAGUCCGGGAAAAAUACGCUACUUAGUUCACUCCGUCCAGAAACUGUUCGCUAAAUCCCAGUCGAUGGAAAACUCCGCCAUCAGAGGAAACAUGAACGGCCGCAACAGCAGAUCGUCGAGCAGUGAUGACAAACACCAUCGGAGCAAAAGCAAAGACCGGUCGAAGAACGAAGGAACGGCCAAACGGAGGCCUCGAUCUAAUAUGUCUGGAUACUGGAGUUCUGACGACUUGGACAGUGAUAUUAGUAACUAUAGGAACCCAAAGGCCAUGAUGACUUUGGGGAGACAAGCGGUGGGAUCCGGACCGGGGCCGGGUGGACAAGUGGCAUCCAGGUACUUUAUGCAGGGCUACAGCACCAUGAGCGAGCACAUGCUGAAAUCCUCAAAGAGUAACAGUGACCUGAAGCACCAGGGGCUCCCUGCACUCCCAGGACCCGGUGGAGGUGGAGGGGGGGUCGGAGGAGGACAAGGGCCGAUGUUUGACGGGAACUUUGGUAAAGGGGGACCCUGGUCCACGCUUACGUUAGGACCCACCAGACAGAUGUGCCAGAAGGGCUCGGCCACACUGGAUCGCACCCUGCUGAAGUCCAAAUCUGUCCAGCAGGAUAUGGGCUGCCACUUCCUGCAGGUGCACGGGAGGAUGCCGUCCACCGGCGACUGGACGGGGACUCUGGGCCGAAGCGGGCCCAUGGGCGAGAUCCCCUGUAGACGGAUGCGUAGCGGCAGUUACGUUAAAGCCAUGGGCGACCCUGAGGAUAGCGACGACUCUGACGGGAGUCUCAAACCCUCGCCGAAAAGCACUGCGCGUAGGCAGAGCUACUUGCGUGCAACACAGCAAUCACUAAGUGACCAGUUCCCCUCAAGAAACCGUCUGCUGGACUACUCGAUGCUGCAGGGGGAUCUGGAGGCUCUCUGGUCCCCCUUCCACAGCAUCAGCACCCUACAGCAGAUCGGACGCUCUGUCAGCUGUCUUCCUUCUCUGCGAGAGUUCUCUGGGAAUCGGAGUCUGGAUAACCUGGACUGCAUCGGAGGCAGCUCUCCGUUCCCGAACUGGGAUGAUGAUGACUUCAGUCAGGGCUGCAGCACGCUGGGACGCGGCAGCUGCAUCAGUCAGGUGCGAGACAUGGAGCUGAGCCAUCAUUAUGGAGACGAGCUGGAGGACAUGCAUCCUCGCUCACGAUGCAGCGAUCUUCCUGACAUGCCCAUGCCCACAUGCUUCCGCUCCCGGAGCCAUAGUUACCUUCGUGCCAUUCAGGCCGGCUGUUCUCAAGACGAGGACUCAGCAUCAGUGGAUUCUGAUUCACCGCCGCCCACGACCACAACGACUGUACGCACCUACAGUAACAGCACCGGUGAGUACAGACGUCACAUGACCACAGAUACAGUCUGA